AUGGUUGAUGAUAUUAAAACUGCUGAUCCUAGUAAUGCGUUAGUCAAAUUUGCUGACGAUUUGACGUUAGGUGUGCCUGGCAACGAAAGUGGUGACACAUCUCGAUCUGAAGCUGCCUGUUUACAGCAUUGGGCAGAAGAGAAUAGAAUGCGCUUAAACUUGGAAAAAAAACGUACGAAAUGGUUGUUCGCAGACACACCUCUGUAGUUUUGCCUGAGUUUAUCCCUUCAAUUAGCGAAAAACAUGGCUAAAGCUUUUAGGAGUUACUCUACAAGAUAAUCCGUGCAACUGGGAUUUGCACUUCGAAGAAAUGCUCAAAAAAGCAAGUGGACGAAUGUACAUUAUGAGAGUUUGCAAAUACUAUUAUGGACUAUCUAUUAAACAAUUAGAUCUGCUGUUUGAUAGCCUAAUUAUGUCGAUAUUCAUUAUUGCUAUUGAGCUGUGGGGUUGUGCAUAUGACGGUAAAUAUUUGAACCAAAUAGAUAAAUUCAUUAAACGUGCACAUAAGAAUGGUUAUAUAUCAAAACGAACACACAUUAAAGAAAUACGUGGUAAGAGAGAUAAGAAACUGUGGAACAAAAUAACAUCAACUGAGGACAAUGCGUUGCUUGAACUGCCGCCGGAAAAAAGAAGUAGGUUACUUAGGCCUAGAGGGCAUGAGUAUGAACUCCUCCUAGUGAGAACAGAAAGAUUCAAAAGGUCGUUCAUAAAUCGUUAUCUGUAUAACUUUGUUUAG